AUGCGCAAAGCCAGCGCCUCUAACUGCCGCGAAAUUACGUCUAAGAACAAUAACUCCUCCUCUAAAGGCAAAAAUCCAGCGGUAGAAGAGCCCAAAAUGCCGAAACUGAGUCAAAUAGAGAGAGCUGCCCCGCUCCCGUCAAUUCGACCAAUAAGCCACAUUACAGCAAGGCGCGAGAGAGCUGCUGCUGGUAUGGUACACGAAAACCGAUUCAGCCCCCUCUCUCAGACCUUUCGGCCCAAGCGCUCACACCCGCCAACCAUUGAGGAGGACAACGAGGAAGUUCCCUGA